CUGACACUACACUCCGACUGUUGAGUUGAGGUUAUGAUACCUUGUUUCAUAACAUAACAAAUCAUUGUGAAAUAUUUUAAAUUAUUUAUCAAAUCAAAUUUUAAUUCAAAAUUACCGUUUUGUAUAGAUUAGUUUGUUGUCGUAAAGCAAUCUUCAUAUGAUAUCAGGUCAAGUUUAUCAGUGUCAAGAGUUCACAAGCCUCCUGCAAGUAACCCAAAGCAAAAAUGUUUAGACCAAGAGUUUGGAUAAAUAUAGAAAACCAGCUAAGGACUAAAUCCCAUCUUGAAGCUCUAAGAGAGAAAAUUGCUAAUGGCCCAAGCUUGCAAGAAUUUGUUAAUGACCCUAACCCUGAUGCAAAAGUUGAUCCAGAAGAAUGGAAUGAUUAUGAUGGAAAAUUGAAAAGAGAGAAAGGAGAAGAGCAACGUUUAAGGUUGCCUCCUUGGCUAAAACGCACUAUACCUAUGGGAAAAAACUACAUGAAAAUCAAAGAGCAGUUGAGGGGGCUCAAUUUGCAUACUGUAUGUGAAGAGGCUAGAUGUCCAAACAUUGGAGAAUGUUGGGGAGGUGGGGAACAUGGCACACAAACUGCUACUAUAAUGUUAUUAGGUGAUACAUGUACCAGAGGCUGCAGAUUUUGUUCUGUGAAAACCUCCAGAGCACCUCCACCACCUGAUCCUAAUGAACCUGUCAAUACAGCCAAAGCUAUAGCAUCUUGGGGUCUGGAUUAUAUUGUUUUGACAUCAGUUGAUAGGGAUGAUUUACCUGAUGGUGGUUCCAAUCAUUUUGCAGAAACUGUGAGAGAAAUUAAGAAAAGAAAUAAAAAUAUUUUAGUAGAGUGUCUUGUGCCAGAUUUUAGAGGCGACUUGGAUCAAGUUAAAAAUAUCGUAAAUUGUGGUUUAGAUGUUUAUGCUCAUAAUAUUGAAACUGUAGAGAAAUUGACACCAUUUGUGAGGGAUAGGAGAGCCCAGUAUAGGCAAUCGCUGUUUACACUGGAGAACGCAAAAAAAAUUAAUCCAAACCUAAUAACAAAAUCGUCUAUAAUGUUAGGCCUUGGUGAGACUGAUGAAGAAGUAGAAACCACUCUCAAAGAAUUAAAACAAGCUGGUGUCGAUUGUGUUACCCUUGGACAAUACAUGCAGCCAACUAAAAGACAUUUAAAGGUUGUGGAAUAUGUUACUCCUGCAAAAUACAAACAUUGGGAGACAGUUGGUCAUGAAAUGGGAUUCUUGUAUGUAGCCAGCGGUCCUUUGGUCAGAAGUUCUUAUAAAGCUGGAGAAUUUUUCAUAGGCAGCAUUUUGAAAAAUAGAAAAAAUAAUGCAGUUUAGAAUAUUUUAUGCAUAGAAUGUUGUUUAGAUAAUUUUGUUUGCUGAAAAUAUAUGUUUUUGUUAGAUUACUGAUUUUUAGGGACCAAUAAGUUUGAAAAGAAAAUUAUUUUUUCAUCAAUAUAGCUAGCACCUAUAGUAAUGUCACGGCUUUGGGGUGCGUGACAUUAAUCUUGGGUUCAUUUAUUCCAAAAUUAAAGUAAAAUUAACACAAUAAUUUUUUCCACAUUACUACACGCUCUGACACUGAUUACUUGACUAAUUAACUCAAACAACUUAACUCUUACAAUAAUCACUAUCUAAAACGUAUCACAGCCAAUCUUGAACUUAAAACUUCGAACUAAUACCGGCUUUUACUUAUCUGUAAUCCAUUCUUGUAAAAUCCAGAAGAAACGCGAUAGCCCUUUUUCGCGAAUAGCACUGUAAAAUCUAGAAUCAGCUGUCCCUAAUAUUCUAACCAUUGAACUAGUCUUUAGCAGCAAAUGUUUAUAAAAUUCUGUGAUCUAUGAAUCUCUGAUUCUCUAAAUUGUCCUUUAAGACUCCAAUUUGUCGAUUAUUUUUUUCUUCUGCGAGUGCCCAUCCGUUCCAGAAGUUUACAUUCUGGCUGUUAUUUACUGUUCUGUAAAAAUUAAAAAUUUCCAGCGAUGUCGUUGAAAAGCAAGUGCUAAGGUUUUUCAACCAAGAUAUCCUUGCUGGGAAUAUUUUUCUAAGUAUUUCUCCCUGUGAUUGUCACAGUAGUAGACUAUACCAAUGCAUAGUGCCCAUAAAAUACUCAAGUUUUCCUUUUCUAAAUAUUUUAAUUUCUGGCAAAAUGUAUCAAGACGAUUCUAAAGUAACUUAUUUAAAAUAUCUAGGUAGUUACUUUUAUAAAGUACAUACAUAUUUAAUUAAGAUAUUUUUGUGGAAAAUUAGGUACCUUCCCCUUUGUAGUAGGUAGUAGGUACCUAUAGUUACUUUCACAGAAGUCACUAGAUAUUUGCUGCGAUUUAUUGGCAUUAGAAAGUCAUUUUCAUAAUUAUUAUUCCUAUAACCCUCUACUCACCUGAUUGUAUUCGACCGCUUACACCUCCUUAACUAUGUGUUAAUUAAGUAAUCUUAUGAGAUUCAUUCAAAAAUAAAACUAACGGAAUCAUAAUAGUAUUUGAAUUUUAUUUAAAUAGGACAAAAACUAAUCUAAUGAUAUCAACCUAUGCCACUAGCAGUAUAGUCUAGGAUUUAAAAAAAAUAGACAAAGUAAAAGAAUUUAUGCAAAUAAAUAUGGAUCCUAGAGUUUAAAUAUAGCAUAGCUAAAAAUUAGGAUUUGUAAACUAACAUAAAAAUAAUAAUACAUACAUGCACACCAUAAGUAAAAUUACCAAUUUUUGUUGCACAUUUAAUUUUGGUAACAUGCGUCCAUGAGGAGCACAAUUUUAUAUGGUUGACCAUAUUUUAUUCAAUAUUCAAUUUAACUUUCCCAACACAUUCACAAUGACAUGAUGAAUAUCUUAUACGAUAAUUACUUGUCAUUCUCUCUUUACACAAAUAAAUAUAAAAUAUUCAUUAAAAUAAAAAUAUGCUCGAUAAAAAUUUUAAAAUAAAAAUACCUAUUCUUACUAAGUACUUAUCUAUUUAGUGGAAAAAUGUUAUUGUACAGAAAAUUCCAUGUAUUAGGUAGGUAAAAAACAAACCAUGUUUUCGACAAAGAAUGUUUUAAAGUAUAAAUUAUUAUUUUUUUCAAUUACUUAGUCCAUUUAUUCGGAAGUAACAAUACAUCUUAUAAGCUGUUACACAUUUUAUGGAUUAACAACACGAUUACUUUUCUGGUUAAUCCAAAAUACAUGAAAAAAUAAUAAUUGAUUCUGUACAGUUUGGUAUAAAACUAUUUACAGCUACAAUAGGCAACUAUUGUUGAAAUCUUUGCCAAUGUAUGCAACACAAUACAGAGAACAUUUUGAACUAAAAAACUGGUGUGUCAUAAAAAAUAUUUCUUAUGUACAUUCCUUAAUUGUAUAUAAUAUAAUAUUAUCAGCUAUUCUAGGUUAUCAAAAAUCAUUAUAAAUAAUAAAAAAAUAAACUUAAAAAGACAUUGCCCUAAGAUUUCCCGAAAUUCUUGGAUGCGAGAUAUUUUGUUAAACAUUCCUUUUUGAAAUUGUCAAUAAUAAUUCAACAGUCUAAUAAGUAUGUAUAUGCUUUGAUUUUAAAUACCUAUGCAUAUAAAAUACAGAUUUCUGACCAGGAAAGUAAUCUAUAUUAAAUCAUUUUGUGGUCAUCUGGGGACCUAUUUUACCAUUGCCGUUUUUCAUAGUGUCCUUUUUUGGAGGGCUUGGGGACAAACAGAUGACGUCGUCGCUGUCGUCACCAUUAGCAUCUCCAUUCUCAGCAUUCAUUGGAAGGUUUUCCCUAGAAAAAAAUCAAAAGUUACAUUGGGAUUCCAAGUUUUCAAUUUGAUUUGAAAGUUAAGUGCAAGAACAAAUUGUGUGGAGAAGACCAAUCAUUCAUAUUACAAAUACCAUGGAGUACUGUAGGUACCUCUACAUUUAAAAGAUGCAAACUUUAGCUGCUGAUAUCAAUGAACUAUUAACACAGAUAAACGGAACAAUCCAUUGAUAAAAUAGCUUUGUUUUGGUUUUGGUUGACAACAUGAUAACAGGAAAGAACCUUCUCAUGAGAACCCUGCUCCCCUGUUUCAAGAAUACGGGCCCAGAUAGACGGGAAGAACGAGAGUGAAAACAGUUUGCAAAGAACUGAAGUGAAUUCUUGUGCGCAAGUUUUGAGGACAAUUGGUAGAAUGUGUCGGCA